UUCACUCAUUUAUGCAUUCAUUGGUUGCUUGUAUGUGCCCUGACCAAGGAACUGAACCCGGAACCUUGGUGCAUCGGGACGACGCUCACAACAAACAGCCAGGGCAGUCGCUCUUUUUAUUGAGAUGCUUAAAUGCUGCCUAGAUUGCUGCAAGCCUUUGAUUAAUGUCAGAGUUCUGAAAAAGUUGAUCCUGACAAUAUUUCCUUUUAUGGAAGAUAAUUUUUGUAAGUCUUUACUGUUUUUGUUGAUGUCCUCCCUUUUGUCUCUAAACAUGACCCUUUUUACUCAUCUUCAUAUCUGCCAUUGUGUUGUAGGAAUUUGAGUUUAAUAGAUUAUCUCUUAAGGUUUUUGACUCUCAAAAACUUUGGUUCUUGUUUUUAGCUUAGAUAGCCAGGGGCCUGAUAUAAAAUUAAUAUGAAGUAAUAAUAUUGGGUUUUUUUUGUUCAUUCUCAAUAAUUGAGUGUCUGGGGAAAAUAAAGGACCUGUCUUCAGCAAAAUGUAUAAAGUAUUAAUAUUGUAUAUUUCUCAUUAGUGUUUUUUAUACUGAUAUUUUUUGAGUGUGUGUCUGCCUCUUCUGUUUUUUCUUAUUAUUAAUGUUUGUUUUUUACCUCCUAAGGCAGUAAAGAAUGCUGAUGGGAGAACCAUUUCCCUAAUUUUCAGAUUGUUGAGCUGGUUGCCAUGAUGGAUGAUCAGCAAGCUUUGAACUCAAUCAUGCAAGAUUUGGCUGUUCUUCAUAAGGCCAGUCGACCAGCAUUAUCCUUACAGGAAACCAGAAAAACAAAAUCUUUAUCACCAAAAAAGCAGAAUGAUGUCCGAGUCAAAUUUGAACAUAGAGGAGAAAAAAGAAUCCUUCAGUUCCCCAGACCAGUUAAACUGGAAGAUCUGAGGUCUAAAGCUAAAGUUGCCUUUGGACAGUCUAUGGAGCUACAUUAUACCAAUAAUGAGUUGGUAAUUCCACUAACUACUCAAGAUGACUUGGACAAGGCCGUGGAACUGCUGGACCGCAGUAUUCAUAUGAAGAGCCUCAAAAUACUACUUGUAAUAAACGGAAGUGCACAGGCUACUAAUUUAGAACCAUUGCCAUCACUAGAUCAUUCGGAUAACACAGUAUUCGAAGCAGAGAGGAAAAAACGGCUUUCUGUACUAGGUCCCACUAGUAGAGAUCAAAGCUCCCCUCCCCCAGGAUACAUUCCAGAUGAAUUACAUCAGGUUGCCCGGAAUGGGUCAUUCACCAGUAUCAACAGUGAAGGAGAGUUUAUUCCAGAGAGCAUGGACCAAAUGCUGGACCCAUUACUUUUAAGCAGUCCUGAAAAUUCUGGCUCAGGAAGUUGUCCCUCACUUGAUAGUCCUUUGGAUGGAGAGAGCUAUCCAAAAUCACGAAUGCCUAGGGCACAGAGCUACCCAGAUAAUCACCAGGAAUUUUCAGACUAUGAUAACCCUAUCUUUGAGAAAUUUGGGAAAGGAGGAACGUAUCCAAGGAGGUAUCAUGUUUCAUAUCACCAUCAAGACUAUAAUGAUGGUCGGAAAACUUUUCCAAGAGCUAGAAGAACCCAGGGGACCAGCUUCCGGUCUCCUGUCAGUUUCAGUCCUACUGACCACUCCUUAAGCACUAGUAGUGGAAGCAGUAUCUUUACCCCAGAGUACGAUGAUAGUCGGAUGAGAAGAAGGGGAAGUGACAUAGAUAAUCCCACUUUGACUGUAAUGGACAUCAGCCCACCCAGCCGCUCACCUCGUGCUCCAAUCAACUGGAGAUUGGGCAAACUGCUUGGCCAGGGGGCCUUUGGCAGGGUCUACCUCUGUUACGAUGUCGAUACAGGAAGAGAGUUGGCUGUUAAGCAAGUUCAGUUUGACCCGGAUAGACCUGAGACCAGCAAGGAAGUAAAUGCACUUGAGUGUGAAAUUCAGUUGUUGAAAAAUUUGCUGCAUGAACGAAUUGUUCAGUAUUAUGGCUGUUUGAGGGAUCCCCAGGAAAAAACACUUUCCAUAUUUAUGGAAUAUAUGCCAGGGGGUUCAAUUAAGGACCAAUUAAAAGCAUAUGGAGCUCUUACUGAGCAUGUGACUAGGAAAUACACCCGUCAGAUUCUGGAGGGUGUCCAUUAUUUGCACAGUAAUAUGAUUGUUCAUAGAGAUAUCAAAGGUGCAAAUAUUCUGCGAGAUUCAACUGGCAACGUCAAACUAGGAGAUUUUGGGGCCAGCAAACGGCUUCAAACCAUCUGUCUUUCGGGGACAGGAAUGAAGUCUGUCACAGGCACGCCCUACUGGAUGAGCCCGGAAGUGAUCAGUGGAGAAGGCUAUGGCAGGAAAGCAGACAUCUGGAGCGUGGGCUGCACUGUGGUAGAAAUGCUGACCGAAAAACCGCCUUGGGCAGAGUAUGAAGCAAUGGCUGCCAUCUUUAAAAUCGCCACUCAGCCAACAAACCCAAAGCUGCCACCGCACGUCUCGGACUACACUCGCGAUUUCCUCAAACGGAUCUUUAUAGAGGCCAAACUGAGACCUUCAGCGGGUGAACUCCUAAGGCACGUGUUUGUGCACUGUCAUUAGCAGCUAGCAUCCUCUCCUGUGCCUCUGCCUGGCUCCCAUCGGUUCAGUCACCUUCUCUCUGACUGCACUUUUCUUUUUUAUAAAAAAGAGAUGGGGGAGAAAAAAAGACAAGAGGGAAAGUGUUUCUCUUGAUUCUUGGUUAAAUUUGUUUAAUAAUAGUAACCUAAAUUUUUUAUAUUUAAUCUUUUUUUCCCCUUACAAGAACUUGAAACUUUUUUUUUUAAUUUUUAUAAUGUACUGAUGUGGUUCAGAGAUUGUAAAGCACUUUAGUACAGGGCCACUCUUUCUCGUACAACAGAUCAUUUGGAAUACCUAGAGACUGUAGUCUUCCUCUGUGUCACUGACAGACUGGUGGUGAUGGAGAGACCUGGAAAACAAGAAGAGAAUGAUAUGUACUUUGUAGUUUUUAAUGAUAGUAUUUAAAAUAGAUUCUCAUUUGUGGGUUUGAGCCCUAAACUUGAGUUUAGAGUGGGUACACAACUUAAAGAAUAUAGGUUCCUUCUUAUAUCUGUAUUCUUUAGAUCCCAACCUCUGUAUACCAAGCUUUUUGCUCAGUAGGAAUCUUGACAGAAAAAAUGAAUUUCCAGGAGGUAUGUUUAUUUGUUAAUCCUAACCAGUGUAAUAAGCAAAUACACUAUAAAAGGUCCAUGUUAGUGGAGUCUAUAAACCUUGUGGGAUAGCUUUCUGUUUUAAAAAAAAGAUACUAUUUUAUUUUAAAACAGAUAUGGGAAGUCAAUGAGCAAAUCCAAAUUAAAUGACAAAAGGAGGUUGCUUUAAUUAAGUGUGUGAGCAGUAGAAGAGACCACGUUUGCCAAUCAACAGAAAUAAUGAAAAACAGAACUAAGUGUUGUUUAGUGUAUUUUAAACUGUGUUCUUUACGUGAGGGAAAAAGUCCAAAAUUAAGAGAAUGGAGAAAUAAUCAAAAUAAUGUAUAUCUUCCUAUUUCUAGCUCCUGAUUCCCCAUAGGUAACAUUUCUUAGGAACUAAGAGUUUAACCUUAGUUAAACUUAGAGUGUCCAUGAAGCUAGUGUCAUGAGAUAAAACCCUUGUUCUUGUGAUCACAGAAUACUAAAGCACCUCAAAAAACAGAAAAACAGUGGUUCUCAGGGUGGGGUAGGGCUAAGUUUCUCUUGGCAUUUGGCAGUGCCUGGAGAGGGUUUUGGUUGUCACAACUUAGGUGGAUGCUAGUGGCAUCUGGUGAGUGGAGGCCAGGGGUGCUGCUAAACAAACCACAGUGUGUAAGGCCAGCACCUCCUGCCCACAAAAAGCAUCCUGCUCAAAGUGUCAGAGUGCCAAAGUUAAGAAGCCCUGUGGUAAAGAUCAACUUCUGUUACAAACUGAUAACAGCCCUUGACAAAGCAGGUUCCUUACAAAAAGUAACCUUCAGAGAGAAAGUGAUGUAAUGCAGGAUGCGUGUCUCACAAGAGCAGACGCCACUGCUUCAAGUCGGGCGAGUGAUCUCAGCACAUUAGCAGUCCGUCCUUACCAGCUGCACAGUGCACCCAAGUCAGGAGCUCCCGUUUUAGAAGCAAAAUGAAUUUAAACAGAGCUUAUUGAACUCAGCUGCCUGUAUAUAUUCUUUCCUCAAUCAGUUUAUAGUUGUGGGAGAAGAAAAGCAUAUCAAGACAAGUGUUAACUACUUUAUAGGAAGGUUGAAACUGCCAGGUAUUUCUAGUGUUAUGUGCACACCAAGAGGAAGGACGGUGACUGGGGAAUUCCACUGUAUCUCAUGGAGUUGUGCUGCUGAAAAAUAUGAAUGAUAUCAGCAAUGUGGCCGCUUGUAAUGUUUUUCAGUAUAUUGCAGCAAGUGCUAAGUACUUUAUUUUUAAAGGUCUAGAAAACAGUAGUCCUCCUGGAGGCCCUCAAUGUGAUGCCUUUAAUGGGGGACUCAGGUAUUUUAUUUUCUGCUAAAAAGUAUGAUCUUUAGGGACUCAGCUGUUUGUAUCAAGGCUCCCAUCUGCCAUUCCCUGUAGGAAAUUUGGGAUUUCACCGGCUAGCCUGAGAAGAAGUCAGAGCACAAAGAUCCCCCCACAUCCUAUAAUCAAAGGCAGCGCCUCACCAGGAAGAAUAUAAGUCUGUGGUCCCUUGCCUGAAAAUCAGUGGUCAAAUCCUGUGCUGUAAACAUAGUCCCCAAGGAUAUGGAUCUGUUAUUUUCUUAUCUUUUCUAAGUGAAGGCAUCUCUUCUACUUGAGCAAGAUCAUAGUAUCUGGACCAAUGGGCUUUUCCUCUGUUUCUUUGUCUUGUGUGUUUGUGAUUUGCUCCUGGCUCAUUUUUGAUCUGUCAGGGUAGCCAGAGGUGCAGAGCAUGAGACAAACGGCCUUUAGGGAGAGAUCUUGGGAGACUGAAACCCAAAGCAAAACUCUUUGCUUUUUUUCAGUCUCUCUUUUAUUUUUAAGUGCUCUAGAAAGUAAGUCACCUGAAAAGAAACUACUGCUUAGACACUGCUGCAGGAGACCUUUGUUUUAUAGGAAAAUAUUAUUAGCUAUGGGAAAAUACUGUUCUGUAUGUAAAGACUUAAAAAUAGACUGGUAGUUUACAGAGUUAUUAUAUAAAAUGUGAUGUGAAUUUAUUUUAAACAAGUUGUAAAGGUACCAAAACCACAAGAAAAGUUAAUAUAUAUAAAAGCUACUAGAACAAAAAAGCUGGAAGUGGGAUGAGGUGUGGAAGACAAAAGUAAAUGUAAGAAAGAAGACUUUGAAACAGAACACCGUUAUUUGGGGCAGUUAAAUAUAACACUCCACCUUUUUCUCUCUCUCUAAUGUAUGGAUCAACAAAUGAAAUUUGAACUUUUUAAAAUGACUCUAAAUGUAUUUUGUUUUUUAAAUGCACAACUGAUUCUUCUAUACUGUCACGUUCCUUUGCUGAGGCUUGAAGUGGUCAGACUGCUGGCUUGUGCCUUCACAAUGCGUUCUGCGUGGACCGCGGCCGACUUUGGUGCUGGAGAAGAUUCGCUGGCAGUCUUACCUGUGCUUUUCAGGAAGUACCUUUCUACUUAGGCCUUGAGAGAGUCAGAAUGGCAUGACAUAGGUUGGGCCCAAAACAAGAUCUUUUACAUUGCAAACAAAGUGUGCUGAAUAAAAGGCUUGAAAAAUACGACUGAUGAACAUUUUGAUCGUAAUUCUUUAAAAUGUGUUUAAAAAUAUACAGACUGAAAUUUUCAGUAUGAAUAUCUUGAAAAAUCUUCCAUUUUCUCAUUUACAAAACAUGUCUCUAACCUGAAAAAAUGGUUAAGGACUGUUGCCUUAGAAAGUUUUCAAAGACAUCAUCAGCCCUACAUAUUUACGAUGCACAGGCUGAACUACAAAAAAUUAAAACUCAUUUUAGAGUAACUUGAAUUGGCUUUCUCUUCAGAGUCUUUAUCUCAUUUUCAGUAGAAACUACAUGAAAAGUGAAAUUACUUGUUUAGGGUAACUUUCGGCUGCUCUACCUCUUACCUGUCAGAUCUGGUCGGUGGUGUUUCUGAGGUGGAGUUGUGAUAAGGUGCAUGAGGUCAUUAAGAAAAUCAGAUCUGAAUAGUUUAUAGGCAUGACCAGGCUUGGGUUCAGAAGCCAAGAUGUUGCCACAUGCACACUCCUUGGUCUACUGCACAGUUCUGAGCCAGGGUUUCAUCUGGAGGCCAGGGACCAAUAGCUUGCAUAUAAAAUCACCUGAUGUCAAUCAGUUAUAGUAAUCUAUCAAUUUUUAAAAAUAGGGUGAAUCUUUUUUAUUUGUUUAUUCAAUAAUUAUGGCUUAUUGUGUCAGGUACUAAAUUAACUUACAGAGGCCACUGUCUAAGGAGGAAACAUGGCAAACAAGACCCCAAGUGAAAGUUCAGCAAUGAUGUUCUAAAUUCUUACUAUUUUUUGUGAUGUACGGAGAUAGCAAUUUUGGGUAAUUAUUAGUGUUAUAAACUAAAAUAUCAUUAACAACAUGGAUUAAAAGUAUUCCCAAAUUAGAGAGACCUCCCUUUGGCCAAGCAGCCUCUCUCUCUUGGGACACCCUCUUAUAAAACCCAGCCUCUGCUCAAACAGUUCCAGCAGUGGAGGGCAUUUAUUCCACAACAUGGUGGUUUUUCCUUGUUUCUUUUAAAGAAAAAAAUACUUUAUUUUGGUCUAAAUUGUUAAAAUACCUAAAACAUUUGCUGGAAAUUGAAUUCUGUCAACAGUGUUAUUUAUGCUAAGAUCAGGACAGUUUCUUGAGACCUUACUGUUUUCUGUUAAGUUUGACUUUUGUUACAAAUGUAAUGUUCAUAUUUAUUUGAAUUUUAAGAUUGGUUAAAGGUUAAUGAAAGGCAAUUUAAUUGUUAAUUUUUGGUAGUGCCUUUUACUCUGUAUGCCUUAAUUUUAUUUUAUAUCAGUAAUUCACAUUAUCCAUGGAAUUGAAGUUUCCCCCCAAAAUCAGUAGUUUCAAGAGUUGAUUUGGCCUUAGACUGUGUAUUGGCCCUUAAAUAUUUCUUAAUGCCUGUUUCCUCCUCCUACCCUUUUCUACCUCUUUUUUCAAAUGUUAGAAGACAAACAUUAGCAUUAGUCUGUGAUAGACAGACUGCAGUGUCCCCGUGAACUGAGAUACGGAGAGAGGUGUUCUCAUUCUAAAGAGACACACAGUAAACUCUUUUCCAGGCGGGCUACUUGAUUUUCAAUCACAUUGACACUGCCCAGAUUCUUGGUAUAUCAUGGUUCAGUUACAAUUAUCAGCAGAGGUAGAAUGGCUGUUUGGCCCUAAAGAGGUUGUUUAAAUGGUUUACAAAUGUUAAGGCAAUGAGACUUAGGGCAACGAGCAAGAAAUCCAGGGGUAGCGAAUUCUCUGUAACAUUGUGACGAGAACUCUUACUUUUCUGUGAAGUGUGUGUGUAUGUGUGCGUGUGUGUGUGUGCGUGUGUGUGCGUGCGCGCACACACGCAGUGGAGCAGGGAUGGGAAGAGAGGCAAAGAAUGAAUGUUCAGUUAGAUUAGCUUCUGUUCUUGGAGGAACAACUCCAGUGUGUAUGACCUGCUGAUGGUGAGUGAGUGUAUUUGUCCUCGGGUAGGAAUGCCAGCACAUUUUCCACAAGUAACUAGUGCAAGUGAUUGUUUAAUAAGGUAUUUAUUGUAAGUUGCCAAGCUGUUGGUUGCUAAAAAUAGAUUAAAAAUGAAUUUGUAUGUGUGUGAAUAGCUUAUAUAUAAUCCUUAGAUAGGAAGUAAUUGAUCUUGCGUGUUCUUCAUGAAAUCUUUGGGACAGAAAUUCUGCCAGACAUUGUCAAAACAAGUUUCCUUAGCUUGUGAAACGUCCAAAAGGAAAUUUCCUUACACCUCUUUGGUUGCCUGGGGAGCACAUGCUGUGAAGCCCCUGCUCCCACUUCACAGUGGUCUUCAGCUUUGCUUGACUUCCGCCUGAGUUGUGGACAGGAUGCCAUGGCAGGUGUGGGGAGUGCCAGAGCCAGCCGUUUCCUGCUCGCGCCUCAGCGCUGUAAAUGUCAGGAGCCCUCGAGAGUCUGGAGGGCCUUCUCAGUGAUGGUGAGAGUGGACAUGAUCUGGUUUCAGGAGGUUGAGGGAGGAGUCCUCGCUACCGUAAAGAAAAGAAUGCAUCUUAUCUGUUUCCUGCAUGCAGUCUUUUAUGUAAUUUUUCAUGUUUUUCAUACUUCUGCAUUUUAAUUGACAGUAAUGUAUUUGUUAAUCACAGCAAAGGCAUUACAUCGGUGAGUCCUGUUACUUCCUGUGCCUCAUCACUGUUGUUUGCAUUCACAAUUGGUGUUAUCAGAAUCGCUUUAAACCAAAGCUUUUAUAUUCCUCGCACACAUUGCCAAAAUGAUUCACACUGUUACUUCUGCCCACCUUUAAGCUAAUAGGAUAAAACUGAUCAAGUAGAUACUAGUAGAAUUUGUAUCUGACCUCUCCUUCAGGUAAAAGGAGAGGUGCUCCGUGUUUGCAUUUAGACAUGCAGAAUUGACUUCAGCUAUUACAGAACUACAUAGACGUUACAAGCCUGAGCUAUACACGUGCCAGUAUUGUUAACAUCAGCGACCAUGGACACUGACUCAUGAUGCCUCAGAUUGGAAGUGUGCUUUCUUCUAGUGUCUUAACAUUUAGGAACUUAUGAUUGACUUGAGGGGCAUUUCAGGAAAGCUGUGAAGAAAAGUAAAUUAUAGGCAUUUUGGAGCCUAAGGAGGAGUCUGCAUCCCAAUAUGCAUGCAGAAUUUGUCCACAGUAAGGAUAUCUGAGUCUCUUCAUGACAGUUGAAAACAGUAAAGUUUGUGACUAUACUGAACAGCACUUUUAUGCUCAUUAUUAUUUUUUUAGAAUUUUGUUUUUUAACUAGUGGUGAUUUUAGCAUUAGCAUUACUUGGUGGGGAGAGAUAAGUAACAAAAUUACAUCAUAAACUCUAGUAGGUACUUAGACUCCAAACCAUUUGGACAUAUUCUAAUUUUUCCAAAGACUUUUUCCCACCUGGAAUAUGGAGGGAAGACCAGUGGAAACACUGAGCUAAAAAGAUUAACGGGCAAAAGAAUGGGCUUGUGGGCCAAACCCCUGCAAUAUACCCUGUUCAAGCAAAAUGUGAUGUCUGAGGGUAAGAAUACUUCUUUAAAAACAAAUGAUUGUUUCUAAUACAAUGUUAAUUAGUAAAGGUUUACAUUUUUUCUAUUGCUGUUGGUUUUAAAAUUUGCUGCAUUCAGAAAUAUUACAAAAGUUAAUACCAGAAAUACUUUUAAUGUUGGACAUCUCUUACAUUUCACAUGGUUCUUUUUAUUCAAAUAUCAUUGUAAAUAAAAGUAAACUUGGAUAAAUUUGAGAAUAGACUUCAAUUGUUGCAAACUAUGAUUAUCAAUUUGUAAAUUACCUUUUGACCUAAUGUACAUUUUUUAAUAUAGCCAUUAAAUUUUUUUUAUUUAACCUAUUAGUUUCUGUCUGUAAACAUUUUUAAUCUCAGUUGAAUGCUGGGCAGUUUAUAAUUAUGUACAAAGGUGUUUUUUCCCUAUCAAGGUUGACUUUUGCACAUUUUUGGAAGUGUUUAGUUUGUACACUGAUGUACUGCUUUGCCCAGUGCUUGGUGUGUGUGAGCAUCGUGACUGUGUGCACUGAACUACUGCCCCCGCCUCUGCGUUUGAGCUUCUCUCAAGAUGUAGCCGUCGUAGCUGCACUGCUGUUACAGACUUAAACGGACCUUACUUCUUUUACAAAGUAUUCUUAUCUAUGGUCCUGUCUUUGUUGAAGAACUCAGGAGUUCAACAUCACUUUCUGAUUUUAUAUGUAUUUUAAAAUCCAUGGCUAAGUUGAAAGUAUGCUUGUAACUCUGUAUCAAGGGAUGUGUGUGGAGAUGUCUCUGUCUGUAGGCACAUUUAUAUAUUACAGUAACUUCUUAUUUUCAUUUUAUUUCUACAUUUUUACAAACUUGUUUUAUAUAAGGAUACUGUUUAGUUAGAAUUAAAUAUAUAUAAAAGCUUUCUGAGAGAUUAUUUACUAUAUGAAUAUAUUUUCAGCUGGCUGAUCAAAAAUAUUUUUUAAAUUUUGUUUUUAACCAUUCAAAAUAUGUUUGUAUUUCCAGACUUAGACACAACUUUACUUAGAUAUCAUUAAAAUACUCUUGCAGGGAAUAGCAUUGAAUUUUUUGAGAAUUCUCUGAAAUGCAAAUUAAGAGGAAAAAUAAGUUUUAAACAGUAGCAAAACACACUGCCCACUAAAAUGGCCUUUGAAUUUUCAGAGCUAUGAAAAAAAUGCGAGAAGCUAAAUUGUCUUGAAGAUGCCAAGAUUUUUCUAUCUCCAGUUUCUUUGGCUGGUCCUACUGUUGUUUUUGACUGUUUCCUUUAUUCUACCCUAAAGAUUUCAACUUUUAGUUUUUUUCUUACUGGGCAAGGUCAGACUUCGUUUAUGAUUCUCUGCAAUUGACUAUAAAUUGGUUUAGAAAUGUCCAAACAUACAUUGAGUGUCUUUAUACUGUACUGCGUAUGUUAAGUAACUGGCAGAAAAACUAAAUUUGCAAUAUGACAAUGUUAUUGUACUUAAGGAAAUCCCCUUUUUUUAAUAUGCAGUACCACGUAAAAUUACUUGUGUUAGGAGUAAAGUCCCUGUUGAAGCUGAGCGUCACUAGGCGUGUUGCGUUGCAAGGAGCCAGUGUGAGUAAGGCCUCCCGGGAGCCAGGUGCAGUGGGUGUGCCACAUUUCAUGCGUGGUUUGACUCUGUGUUCACUGAAAGUCGUGCUUGUAAAAAUGUAUAAAAUUUUUGAGUUUUACAGAUUUUAUGUAUUUGUUUUUCUUGCUGGUAAAUAGCUUUUAAAAAAUCUAAUGUGAAAGAAACCAUGUUUAUAUUUUGUUAGCGGUCAGUGACUCUGUUUAUAUGGAAAUUUGUAUAUUGUUGGCACACAUCUUUGUUCAGAUUUAUCAUGCAUGAAGGCCUGCAAUAAUUAGCACAAUGAAAAUGGCUUUUUUUUUUUUUUUACGUUAGUUCAUUUGAAAGAUUGUGGUGCAAAGGGUUACUCCGAGAAACCUGGAGUAUGGACUAUAAAUGAUGGCACUUUGAGUGUUAAUAAAGCUGAUAUUUAUUUCCACUGUG